AUGCAAAUCGAGGGAGCCGAAAUAAAAUGGAGUCUGGUCGUGCAAGCGCGUGCGAUCGAUACGCCCGCCCUGCGACCUUGCAGGCGGCCCGACGAGUGGGCGGGGCGCGGUAAGAGGCUGGGAUUGGUGAGCCCCGCCUACUGGCACUCCCUUCCUCCCCCUCAGGUACUACUCCCCCGCUUCAAAGGCCGCACAGUGCGAUCGCUCUGGCGCGCCAAACGACGCUUGCGCCGCUCACCGCACGCCGCGCCGCUAUGCGGAUACUCGCGCGAACAAGUGACACCUUGUAAACAUUGUUUUAAUCAAGUGCGGUAUGUGUCGCGUUUAGUGUUGUUGGGCACAAUGAUCACCGACAUGUACGCGCCGCUGCCGGCGCCGCCGACCAACAAGACUAUUCUGGGCUUGUUAGUGUGUAGAGUGGUAUCGGGCGGCGGGGCGCGUAAUGAAGGCAAGCUGCAAGUCAUGGGCCUAGAGGCGCCGCCGCCGCACGUCAGCGCCGUCAUCGCGCGCCCUGUCAAUAUCCGAUGGCUCGACAACGGAGAAGGUUAUAAAGUAUUGGUGUGUGGCCAACAAUUAAUUAACACUUACUCUGGGUACAAAGAAACGUGGGUCCGUGGUCGCGCCCUGCUGGGACCGCAAGUGCCUCCCGCUGCGGGUCUGACACCGAUACCACCAUUCAUGCUAUCACCGAAUCGCUGGUAUCAGCAUAAUUGA